AUGAAUUUAAAAUCUGUUUCCCUUACAAACUUUGAUGAUGGUCUUCAAAUCACAGCUAAGAGCCUUCAAGAUGCCUGCUUAACGCUUCGCAGCCUCUAUGUCGAUAAUACGUCACCUGUAAAAGAGUUUAUUGACUUUCGUCGCAAUAUUGUAAACUAUGCCAACAUUUACAGAAGAAAGAUUUUUCCACAUAUUAAAAAUAUGGUUAUUGAUAUUCAAGACUUUAUGAGGAGCUAUACAGAAUUAACGUUUGAAGAGUUUGAAAAAGACAUCUCAGGCUUAGCCAGUGACGGUUAUAAACAACGAACAGAAAAGAUGAGGUCAGAUUUAGAAAAUCUUAUUAAUUUGAUUGCAAGUUUUGUUACAGCCUUAGAAAAAGUUGCAGAAUUUUUUAGCAUUCUCAAUGACCAAUUAAUAUGUUUUGCUAAAAACCCCGGCGAAAUGAAUAUCCAUUAUAAUAAAUGCAAAAGCAAGGCACAAUCUAUUAUUACUUGCUGUAUGAGUUUUAUCACUGUAAUUUCUAUCAGUGAAUCCAACCUUUUAUCAAUACCCGACGAUUUUGACAAAGAUUUUGUUGAACAAUGGCAUCUCAAGUAUCUUAGCCAAAUGAUCUGA